AUGAACAGUGAGAAGAUAGAAAUUAAUUUAUCAUGUGUAGAUAUUGCCACAUUUAAGAAGCUUGAAAAGCUUAUUAAAGAAAAACUUCCUGGUGUUAUUUAUAAUAAUAUCGCAGAUUAUCAAACAAGUCCCAAUCAAUCAAAACUAUUACAAGAGAAUACUAUUAAAUCAAUGAUUGCAGCUUCCAAAAACCGUGCUCUAAGCUAUCAAAGAUCUCUGCAAAUGAAAAAAAUCAAUGAACAAAGAAAAAUACAAGAUGGAACUGCAGACGAAUUAGAACAAGAAGCAGAAAAGGCAGAUCUUGAAACUCUCAAUGACAAUGAAGAUGAUUCUGAUGAUCAAGAUGAAGAUGAAACAAAUGGUGAUGAAUCCUUGAGUUUAAGCGAAAUAUUAUUAGAUGAUUAUACCCCAUUAUUUAAGUACCCUCCGUUUGCAGAUAAAUUAACGUGUGUUAUCAGUUAG